UCCUCUGCGGUCCCCAAGGCCUUGCGCACCAGAAUUCUGCGGCCUGACCAGCCAUGUCCAAGGAACUGGAAAUUGUUCAUGAAAAAUGGUGCCAACAAGGAGGAGCUCAUGCAGUUCCUCUUCAACCACUGGAAAUCUGCAGAGUGCGCACAGCUGCUGCAAGGGGGAUGCGUUGUCAUAACAGUCCGGGACAUGGCCUACCUCCUGAAGGCCAACGGUGACCACGUAGCGUAUGAAGAGGUGCCAAACCUCCGGUCAACACAGGAGGAGGCCGACACGCGGAUGCUGCUUCAUGCCUACCAUGCAAGUGCAGACUACUCGGCAGUGGUCAUUCGGUCACCCGACACCGACGUCCUCGUUUUGUGCAUUGCUCUAGCGUCCAGUAUUCCAGCCCGAUUGCUGUUUGAGACUGGCAGACGGGCAGCCUCACGCAUCGUGGACAUCUCUGCUGUCGCUGAAAAGCUGGGAGCACAGGUGUGUUCAGCUUUGCUUGGCCUCCAUGCGGUCACUGGCUGCGACAGCACCAGCUCCUUCUACCGAAUAGGAAAGAAGAAGGCGUGGAAAGUCCUUAAGAGCAAGCAAAGCCACCAGAUUGCGUUAGCACACAUGGGCGACAAUUUUGUGCUGCCAGUCAACCUCCAGAAGGAAGUGGAGAAGUAUGUCUGCCACCUUUACGGUCACCCUGAACUCGAGAGCAUCAACGAGGCCAGGUACAAGGCGUUCUGCUCUCGGUCCCCACCCCCUGCUCAGCUCCCACCCUGCGCCGAUAGCUUGGAGCAGCACGUCAAACGGGCCAACUACCAGGCUGGUGUGUGGAAACGGGCACUGGUCGCAUCCCCAGACCUACCCAGCAUCAGUGAUCAUGGAUGGAGGGUAGACGACUCUAAUGUCAUGAUCAUGUGGGGUCUUCUUCCUCCUGCACCACCAGAGCUGAUGGCGAUCAUCCGGUGUGCCUGCGCCACUGGAUGUUCAACGCGCCGGUGCUCAUGCCUACAGUCCUCCAUUUCUUGCACCGAUGCAUGCCAAUGCAGUUCCUGCGCGAAUCCGCACAAUGCUGUGUCCGAAGUGCUUGCAGCACCUACACUUCAUGGAGACAAUGAAGACAGUGCUGAUGAUGAAGAUGGUCAAACUGAUGAUGUUGACAACCCCUCCCACGAGAUCGCGGAAUAACUGCUGAACAUCAGUUUUCCAUGGAUUUCUGGUCACGUGUUUACACCGGGGAAGUGAGCUGCGUUCAACCAAGUGUAGCUGGCAGUCCCCAACAGAACAUUCCAGGUCAACCACUUCCAUCGUGCUUUUCGACAGCGCGCCUCAGUAUGUUCGCUGUGCACUUGUACCUGGUCAUGUUCCAUGCUAUUUCUACUGUUUGCCUGUACAGGUUAUGCCAGCAUACUUACUAGUCCUACCGAUACUGUCACUGCAAGUAACUAGGUUAUAAGUCACCCGUGCACGACAACCUAGUAUAGCAGUCACUGACUCCUCUCUCCACAGUGAAUGGCUACACUGCAUUGCCUAGACGCAUCCCAAAGCCUCUCAUUGUGUAUUAAUAUUAUUUCUAAUGCUCGGGUUUUCUCUUGUGACCCGCGACCCCAGGCAUGAAG